AGCCGCUCCACUUUCCCGGGAGAGUCCCGAGGCGCCGCGCCUUGGCCCCGCCCACAGCCCGCGGCCCCGCCCGCGGUGCCCCGCCCCACCGCUUGAAGCGGCUCGAGCUGCGACCGCCUCAGAGUCGCGCGCCGGGCGUGGGGCGGUGCUGAGGAGUUGAGGCCGCGGCCAGCUCGACACCGGACAGUCCAGUGACCAGCGCGGCGGGAACCGUCAGCCGGAGUAACCCGGAGCAGAAGCAGCAGCAGCAGCCGUCGCCGUUCGCGGAGCGCAGCCGAGCCGGCCAUGGCAUUGUCGAUGCCGCUGAACGGGCUGAAGGAGGAGGACAAAGAGCCCCUUAUCGAGCUCUUCGUCAAGGCUGGCAGUGAUGGUGAAAGCAUAGGAAACUGCCCCUUUUCCCAGAGGCUCUUCAUGAUUCUUUGGCUCAAAGGAGUUGUAUUUAGUGUCACAACUGUUGAUCUGAAAAGGAAGCCUGCAGACCUACAGAACUUGGCUCCUGGGACCCACCCACCAUUUAUAACGUUCAACAGUGAAGUCAAAACGGAUGUAAAUAAGAUUGAGGAAUUUCUUGAAGAAGUCUUAUGCCCUCCAAAGUACUUAAAGCUUUCACCAAAACACCCAGAAUCAAAUACUGCUGGAAUGGACAUCUUUGCCAAAUUCUCUGCAUAUAUCAAGAAUUCAAGGCCAGAGGCUAAUGAAGCACUGGAGAGGGGUCUCCUGAAAACCCUGCAGAAACUGGAUGAAUAUCUGAAUUCUCCUCUCCCUGAUGAAAUUGAUGAAAAUAGUAUGGAGGACAUUAAGUUUUCUACACGUAAAUUUCUGGAUGGCAAUGAAAUGACAUUAGCUGAUUGCAACCUGCUGCCCAAACUGCAUAUUGUCAAGGUGGUGGCCAAAAAAUAUCGCAACUUUGAUAUUCCAAAAGAAAUGACUGGCAUCUGGAGAUAUCUAACUAAUGCAUACAGUAGGGAUGAGUUCACCAAUACCUGUCCCAGUGAUAAGGAGGUUGAAAUAGCAUAUAGUGAUGUAGCCAAAAGACUCACCAAGUAAAAUUGCAUUUAUGAAAGAGGUGUCUUCAUGUCUUCCCCUAAGAAUAUGCUUUUCCUAACAGGCUACUCCUCUUCCUAUAGAGCAGAAAUUGUAUUUUGCACGAACAUGCAGUUAUUGAAGAUUAGGAUCAAGGAUAGACCAGGUAUAGUAGUUAUUGUAAAAUAUAUACUCCUAAGCAGUAUUAUUUUAAAAUCCUUUUAUCCUGCCUACCUCCCCUACCCAGGUUCCCCUCAUUUUAAUUUGGAGACACUCCACCACAAACUUUUCACUUUAGAGAGGUAGUUUGCCAUCUCUCAAGAGCCCUCACCAUUGUGUCCAUUUACUGUGUAUAGAUGGCAGAACUUUGAGGUGCAAUGUUUAAUUGUUAAAGUAGUAGCCACCACUUUAUCAGGCAGCCCCAAACUGGUGUAUAAUGCAUGGUACAAGGAAUAUUUAUGUAUUUUUUGGAGUUUUAUAAUAUUUAGUAAGAGUAUAUGAAAGGAUUGCUACUGUAUCAGAAAUAUUGUUUCAAUUUAGUCUAUCCUGGAUGUAUACUAAAGAAUAUUACCAUCAGAGAAGACAGCUUUCUGCAAAAGUCACUACAGAUUUGGCUAUAUUGCUUUGUAGAUAGAUUUUUACUUUUGCCUAAAAGCAUUUAUCCUUCAUACCAAUUGUAACGUUUGACACCAUGUAGAAGCUAAAAGUUUAGAGGGAGGGAGGGUUUUCUCAAGACCUUCCUCAAGCAUUUUAUGUUUAUAAGAGGAACCGAUGGGCACCUGAUACAUAUUCUGUCUAAAUAUGUUUGUUACAUGUGUUUUGCCCUGUGCCGUUCAUUUGGAACAUUAUUGCUUUCUUCCUUGAUUUUAAAAAGCUUGUUUUUAGGUAAUCAUAGAGCUUGCUAUUAGUACAUCUUUUGAGCAACACUACAUAAACUGACAUUUAGUUGAUUUAGCUAUAGCAGUACAGUGAUUAGUAAUGUAAAAAUUAACACAGAAAUUAACCUAAGGAAUGCAUACAGUAGGGAUGAGUUUACCAUCCCUACUCACCCAGUAGGGUGGGUUUGUCAAAAUAACAAGUAAAUUUUUGUUUCUAAAGCACAUUUAAUGUAGGUGAUCUAAACACAUAAUCCAUUCUAUGUAAAAAAAGAAAAGAUAAAACACAGAUCACCAGCUUUCUCAUUUCACUCCAUUUACCUUGUAGAGAGGAUUGUUCAUUCCUUUUGGACUAAGUUAUAGUAAUGAUGAGUGUAUAUUUACUGCAGCUUUGCCUGAUCUCACUCAUUGUACUUCCUUGAGUUAAAUAUUUCUACAGCCAUGUUGAGGAAUAGCACUCUUCCAUGUUUUUGUUUUUUUUUAUUGUUUUUUUGUUUUUUAAAAUUGAAGCCCUAAACCAGGAAUUAUUUGUACUCUAACAAGGGCGGAUGAACUUGCUAAAAAUAAAACUUUGCCAUGUAUUUACUCUUUUUAAAAAGACAAAAACAAAACCAGACUUUCUAAGUACUGCUCUGAAGAAUGUGAUUGUGACUAUAAUACAAUUUUUGAUAAAUUUUUAUGCCUAACUUGUAUAGGAAAUGCUAUUUCUCAUAGGCUGUUUUUUGAAAUUUUAAGUUUAUUGCUUUAAAAUGACAGUGUUUCCCCCCUCCUCCACUUUGAUAUGCGAACAUUUAGUAAGCCCACUGACUUUAUGGAAGCAGCUUUUUAUAAGUGUACCGCAUUUUUUUGAAGUAAUUAGCUUAGUACAGAAAGAUAAGAAAAUCUCCAUGUUGUAUCCAUUUGGCUCAGGGAGAUUCUUUGCCUUACCUUUCUUAGAACUCUUUAUUGUUGAUCAAAAGUUUGAGCACCCACUUUUUUUUUUGGUAAUUAAAUAUUGUAUGAUGAUUUAUCUGGUUCAAGGAAGUAGCACUGUAUAGUUAUCUAUUGAGAAAUUAUUUUGCAGUGGUUUUAGUGGGUGAAAGUGUCCCAUCUGCACCAGGACACAGGUAGGCAUUACCACUCUUCACCUACUUUUUAAAUAGUGGCAACUUGGCAUUCAUUCAGGUGAUACUGAACCUUGCCUCAUAGCUUAAAGUGUGAAAAAGAUUCAAGCAAAGUGAGGUUUGUUCUUUCCAGUGAAUGGUGGACCAACUGGUGCAGGGCAGAGGGCUAACAGAGGAAAGAGCUCUAUUCUUUAAAAUAGAGUGAUGAAAAUUCAUUCUGAAAUUCAAAAUAUUUUCAUUUUGGAGUUCUCUUGUUUUUCUUAACCCAGUGACACUUUGCGAUCCCUCUAAAUGUUCGAAGAAGGCAUGUCUAUUGUGAUUUUGAUGAAGACAGAAUUAUUUUUCUCUGUAGAAAGACAGAUACUACUUUUUCAGGGAAGUUAGUAAAAUGAAAUGGAAAUUAGUAAAUGGACAAAAGCUAGCUAGUAAAAAGGAGGAUCCAACAACAUGCUUUAACCCCAUUGUAUGUUUGGAAAGAGCAUAGUUUAAAAUCUUGAGAAAUUUGGGGCAUGAAAGUUUUCAUGGUAGACAGUUCAUGCAAUAUAUUAAUUGACAUAUUAAUAACUGUCUACCAUAUUCAUGGUAGACAGAUCAUGCAAUAUAUAAUUGACAGUUCAUGCAAUAUAUGAAUUGACAUAUAAUCUAAUCUUAUUUUUACGAAUAAAAAAUCCAUUCCCCUUCAUUUAGACCCCUUUUGUGUUUUACUUCAAUGAAGAGAUUAGAGUCUCAAUGGAAAGUCAAGGGAUUCUGAGAAAUUUUUGUAUUCAACAAUGGAAAGCUCUCUUCUAGUUGAUAAAACUUCCCUUUUUUGAUGUAGAUGCGGAUUUUCUAUACAGUUCUAUUGUCUUACUAGGACUGUUAAUUUUUGUGAUAAAAUUCAAGUAAGAUUUUAUUUCUUGGUAAUUUUCGCUUUUACAAUUUAUCUUUAAAUCUUUGAGCAAUCUGUACACAAUGGAGAGAUUUCUGAUACUACAUGGAUCAACUCUAGGAUUUAGGCUUGUUAACUUUACUUCUGUUGUGUUUUGAAUCUCUCCAGAGUUGCAUGUAGAUAACGUUUAUUUCUGUGAACUUAAACUCAUUUAGAAAAUGUCUACAAAGUAAAAAUGGAGAGGAAAUAGAAAUGUAUUUUUUCAUGAACAUUUUUGAUACAAAUUUCAUCAUUUAAUGAUUCAUCAAUUUCUUACAUUAAUUUGAAUUAAGUAUUUAAUGCAAAGAGAGGGGAGCAUUCAUUAUUGAUAUAUGUGGGCUUUUAAAAACUCCAUCCUUUAUAAAUAGUCAAGGUUUGGGCCACACAAAUUAUAUUUUUAUCAUGGAAAAAUUUAAACUCCUCAAGCCAUAAUAUUGAAUAGAAUUGGAUUAUUUUCUUUAGAAUUUCUUGAACAGGCAAAUGAAAGCUUAUUAUAGAAUGCAUGUGUUUUCUUUCCUCUUUGGAACAUCAACAGCAGUAUAUUGCUGGCAGCUAUUGUAUUAAAAAAAUAAAGUAUAUUUUCACUAUCAUAAAGGAUUCUUUUUUCCCCCUCUCAUAAAAAUAAAUAACAACUUGGGGUAAAA